UUAUUUUGGCCUCUAGAAUCCCCCAUUAAAAUUUUUCUCAGGGGUAGUCGAACACCCUGUAUAAUAAACAGAAAGAUAUAAAUUGUUUAUUUGUCAUUCAUAUCUGUUCCAUCAAACUUCGAUCAUAGUUUCUACAUUUAUUUGUUGGGUACUAUCAAGACAAAACUCCUGAAUGAUUUAAGUAAACUUUUUGUUAAAUUACUAGAUAUCAGGUACCACUGUUAGGUGAAAGAAAUGCAGGUCUGACAUCGACAAACAUAUGAAUGCAGAUAACUAUACCUGUUUACUGUCAGCUUGACAGUUUAGUUUUGAGUUAAUUCGUGUUACUUUAAUUUCAAUCUUGUUGAAUUUGUUUUCAAGAAAUGUGUUUGUCAUGGUUUCCGCAGAGGAUUGCACAGACGCAACAGAAGCUUCUAAUAUAACGUCCUUGCAGUCAGACAGUUCAUUAAUCAUUGCUAAUAAUAAAGACCCAUAUUGCGAACCUAUAAACAAGGAGGGUGAUGUUUUCCAAGAAUAUAUUUGUAUGUAAUCUAAAUGUUUAAUUAAUUAUCGAAACAGUUACGAUAGAAGAAUUAAAAAUAUAAACGUCAGAAUUUAUGAACAAAUGCAAAUUAAGUACUAUGCGUGUUAAGUUAAAGACUGUAAAUGUCGCGAGAUACACUCAGCCGCAAAACGUGGAGUGCUUCUGGAACAGCAUGGAAUGGCAGAUACGAUACAGCAGUCACCUAAGAAAGAGCCAUCGAAAGACCAGCAUUCAAUGCAAAUUCAAUCCACCAUGCCAUGUUUAUGCCGCGCUCACGAUAUGUAAUAUAAACAUUUCUAUUUCACGUGGAAACUAUUAAGUAUAUUUUUAUUUCCUUCCAGCGCCUAUACCCUACCUCUGAAAUACAAAAAAGGUAACUACCCCAGCUAUUUAAACACAUUUACAAAGUAAACUCCUUCAACUUUUGUUUCAUAGUUAAUAACUUAUUUAUAUUCUACAAAAUAUUAUACCCUUUACACUUUAAGUUGGACACGAGACAAUUAAACAAUUUUUUUCAAAUUUUAAUAAAAUUUCGCGUGUAAUUCGGUCGAACCAUGAUUUUUCAGACCCGUCGCACUCGAAACUGUUUUGGUGUCCCAUAAAAUGGUUCAAAAAAGGUUGUUCAAAUAGGAAAGAUAAAACGUACAAAGUAAAACUAAAACAAACAAAGUGUCCCCAUUACGCAGAGGUAUAAAAUAUAUAGAUAAAAUCCAUUUAAAAAGCGUGAACAUAUUUUUUAUAUACAUAGCGUUUAACGUGUUAGAUAUAAUCUUUUUCUCAACACAAAGGACAUCGAACAUUUGCGAACGUUUAUAAUAAUUAGAUUUCUAUUUCAGCCUUUUAUGUGCUGUGAAAUAUCAGAAGGAAUACCAAAUAAGAAAAGAAACGCUACUGUCGGAACAUCCAAACCAAUAAAGCUCGAAGACAAACAGAAAUAUAAGGAAACGGAGGCGAUGGAAAAGAUCGAGAUCUAUUAUUUCGACCAUGGAAAUUCUGCUUAUUAUCGAACAACGGAUUCACCACCGAUAUUGGCCACCGAAAAAUGCGCCGAGAAGACCGACCAGGCGGCGACUCGUUUCUGGGCGGAAAUAUUCGGGACGAUCCACAUCGGGACCGCUUUCGUGACGGCGUUCAUCUUGCAACUCAUUCGCUUCCUACUCUACAGCAUUAUCAGACCGCUAACGGUGGGCGUUUUGCAAAUGCUCGCCGACUAUUUUAUAAAACCUUGUCUCUCGAUCGUGUUCAACGCUCUCAUACAACCGUUCUUGAUAUUACUAUACAACAUCGCGACGUCGCUCAAGGACCUCUGCGAACCCAUCGCCGAGGCGAUCGGUUUGUUCUUGCGGGAGAUCGCGAAUUUGUGCGCGGCUAUCAGAAUCGUAGAAGUGAAACAGGGCGUUUCACCUUCGGUUGCUUGCACCUAACGAUCGAUAGAUCCGAUCGUCGGCCCGCGAACGACAAGCGGAGAGCUCUUUUCGUUCAGGUAGUAAAGGUAGAUGUUUCGCAACUUUUCAUCCUGAUCUGUUAAAAAAAUAGCACAGUGUAAAUACCGAGAAGCACGGACAGUCUAUAUAAAUUCUUUUCAAUUCUGGAUCUCGUGCUUCUGCCAUUACAUUGCGAGGCAACAGGAGGUAGUGGAAGGCGAGCAGACGAUUUGGCUCUAAUCGCUUCUCGCUGUCUUCGAUCUUGGUUCUGAGAAACGACUGGACGAACCGAAGUAAAGCAGAUCUUUACAGGAAUUCCGAACCGCGGAUAACGUGAAACGUAACUUGUAAAAAUUUAUACUGUGUUUUUCUCGCAGAGCAGGAUCAAAAGACUUCGUGUCUCUUGCCCUUUGGUAGACGGCGAUAAUCAACGUUGAUCGUCGAUUUCAACGAACGGUGUCCAGGAUCACAAAGACGUCAAACCGAG